ACAGCUGGUUUUUCAUAUAAUGUUAUGCUUGCGAAGGGUAGCUAGUGCGGGAGACGCAGCCUUUGUUAUUUAUUGACAGUGAUAUCAUAUUGUGCCACGGAAUUGUUAUUAUGAACCGUGAUUCGUUGCUAAAAUAGUUUAUAGCAAGACAGGACAAUACAUCCAUUUGCACUCGACUAUUGCUUGACAGUACAUUCAAAUGAAGAACGAAUUCAAAGCCCGGAAUCAGGAAGACCGUGAACAGACUAUCUAGGGCAAGAUGGGACGACAUUUACGCCAAGUUGUCAUUGUCGCAACUUCUGUGACAUUUAUGGCGGCAUGUAUUACCGGGAUGAUACCAAGAGAAGGCAACAUACCCUUCUUCAGCAUGACUGUCCAACUUCCAACCGAUAUUGCGAAAUUAUUGGGUGACCUAGAAAUUUCUUACAAUGAUAGCCACGGCAAUGGAAUUGCUGGAUAUAAUUGGCGUUUGGCAGGAAUACCCAAAAUAUCGCGAUGUGGCCAUUCGCUUAAACUAGCCACACAGUACUGCAUCGACGGACAACAUUUGGUGAACGUAUCUGGCAAAUACGGAGAUGACGGAUCGGUGUAUACAACCGAGAAGAGUCGAGACAGAAGUUCCUUCGUUCGGAUUGUUGCCAGAGGUUCGAUGGGAUAUCACCCCGAGGGCUUCGAUGCCACAACUAGAGACGGCCGAGUCAUGUCCUUUGGUCAAAACCGGAGUGCACAGGUUAAGGGCAGGACUCACGCCGCAGUGCAUACAUGGUUGUUGGACAAGGUCGAGGAUACGCAGGGUGAAAAGCUGUUUCUGAAAUAUGAUUUUUCGGAUUACAAGUAUUUGCUUAGCAUUACCAGUAAGGAAAUGGCCGUGAUAUUCUCAUACAAACCUCGGAGGGAUCAUAAGACACUGUUCUUUGAUGGUGGCAUAAUUUAUAAGAUGGAUAAAGUCAUUAAAGACAUUACAAUCAAAGGAUUUUCGAGCAUUCGCCUCCUUCAUGCUGAAUCAGGUAGCGCAAGGCUAAGUCUUGUUACAGGAAUAGCAAUGUACAACGGGAAGUCGGAGUGCAUUCGAUUGACAAAUUUCUCGUAUCAGGGUUUGAAUGAUUUCACUGGAUAUAAUGCAAUGACCGCACCAUCGAUUUGGACCGAUAAAUUUGGGAAACAUUGGAAGGCUAUCGAAUCAUAUCGGUAUGUUGUCGAUAUCAAUGCAGAUGGUCUGAAUGAUUUCAUCGGCUUUGUCGAUGAUGGUACUUACGGAUCUUUUAAUACAAAUGGAAAAGGUAUGGUCGGAUAUCUACGUGGCGAAAAAGCAGGGGGAUUCGUAGUGGGUCGUAGCAACAGAUACAUCAUUGACAUGAAUGGAGACGACCUUGUAGAUGUGGUUGCCUUUGGGGAACAGCAUGUAUGUGUAAGCAUCAACGGCGGUCUCGAUGGACAAUCUUUGAAAUUAACACCUACAAUUUGGUCCUCGGAAUUUGGAGCUAGUCAAGGUUUUGACGAGAGUCUUCCAACGUUUGUGAAAGAUGUCAACGCUGAUGGCCUGCCGGAUAUAUUUUGUUAUGGCAAAGAUGCGGUUUACAUUGCUUUAAAUACCGGGGCGAAUUUCUCAAAGGCCUUUACUGUAAAGAGUUCCAUGAUACGUGACUUGGGAUGGGACAAUCAAAGGCAUGUUAGGUUUUUGGAGGACGUGAACGGGGAUGGUCUUCCUGAUAUGGUUGGAAUAGGACAAGAUGGUGUCUAUGUGGCCCUUAAUAUCAAUGGAACGUCCUUUAUGACCAUGUCACGGUGGAGUACCAGAUAUGGACACAGGUGGGGAAACGCAUGGAGCGUUCUGAAGCACCCGAGAUACGUUGAGGACGUCGAUGGAGACGGUUUAAAAGACGUGGUAGGCUUUGCGGACGAAGGUGUAUUCGUAAGCAUUAACAAUGGAAGCGGUUUUUCUAAGGCUGCUCUUUGGCAUAAAGGUUUCGGGAGCUCAACGGGAAUUUGGGCACCUGAUAAUUACCGUGGACUUUAUGACAUGAAUGGUGACGAUCUCCUUGAUGUUGUAGCGUUCAGUUGUUGUGGGGUUAUUGUCGCCCUUAACACUGGGUCGUCAUUUGCCAACCUUACGGUAUGGACCACUGAGCACGGAUCAAAUGGCAGGAAUCCUGUAGCAGAUUUCCCUACGUUUAUAAUAGACAUGGACGGCGAUGGAGUUUGUGACAUAGUUGGGUGCACAAAUAACGGAGUGCUGGUGACGCUCAACAAGAACAGAAAACUCACCCUCGUUGCCGUACGUGUUGUGGAAACACCGAGGAAAAGCAGUGUAUAUUCACAAGGCCACACGGGAUCAUUAUUCGGUGGAGUUGUGGGGAUGUUCUUAGGCAUUAUAGCAGGUCUGGCACUAACCAUAGUUGCGAUCAGACAUCGACGGUCGUCACUAACUGACAAUGAUAGAUCUGCCCUACUUGAAGAAUCGCAAGACCCAGUCUACGAUAACCCUGCUUUUGACCGCCGAGAUGCAGCAAGUGGCGGCCGUGAUGAUGUCAGGAGAGAUCCUGGCCUGCCUACUAACGAGGGAGAAAUAGCUUAAUGACUUCCUAUUGUUGUGCUAUAAAUCCUCAUGUGUGUGAUUGAAAUAAUGACAUGGACAUUCGCCAAACAACACGCAUGAUUAUAUUAUAAGUUCAUAAAACUUUUCUAUCGACAUUUCGACAAAGGAAAUUUUCUUUUUGUAAGUCGCUAGAGGUUCGAUGAGUCUCCAUUAAUUUGCGUUUACAAAAAGGAAAAUUUGGACUGCAUUCGUUCGGAUUCGAUCGGAUCUCAUCAGGUUUUUGCUAGAGUGUGUACUAUUUGCGAAUUUCUAGAGGAUACCGCAGAUACAAAAUCGUUUGUAACAUUUUGCAUGACAUUUUAGUCGCCCGUCCCGGUGAGUUUAGGUAUGAAUCCAGAAGGCGAGGUCAGGUGACCAGCUCACGGACACUGUAAAAACAACGCUGACAAUUUCGAAAAGUCUAGCAGCCCUUGUGGGAUCUAUGAUGCACCGUGAUACAGAUAUGCAAGCGACCUUCAAGCUCCGCCCCCGAGCGAGCGUUGCUCGUCGCUCAGGCCGCACCUUACGCGAAAUGUAAUGUCAAUAUAUAGCAGCUUUACCAGUCA